CUUUUCUAUUGAAUUGAAUUUUCCUACCAUAGAUUGAAUGCAACUCUAUGGGGAUUCCGACGAUUCCGAGAACACUGAACAGUGCUUCGGUGAUCGAUAUAAUGAAAACUACUUUCGGCGAUGCAAUUGUGGUGCUCUCAUCAGGAAAGGCUGUUGCAGAUGUACAACCACAGUUUGAUGAGCUACGAAAUUGUGACGCAAAUGAAGUUAUCAUGACUGGGCUUGCAGAGAUGGAAUUAUGGAGCUGCAUCCAAGAGCGAUCAAUAGCAUCCCAAGUAAAACACACAGAAAUUGAAUGGUUAUUUAUCUCACUGAGGACUACGGGAAAAGGAGACAACAGGAGCACUCAUUUUGGUAUUGAUCAGGAGGGAGAGCUUAGGCAAGUGGUUUUCUCCAUGCGAGAAGCUUGGAAUCGCAGCCGAACAUGGCUACUUCAUGAGGUGGGCAAGAAAUCAAGAAUGGGAAAUUUGCGGCCAGAGUACUGAAUUUGGGUGGAUACAGAUUGCUGAACCUGUGAUGAAACUUUAUACUGAAGCUACACAUGGUUCUUCUAUUGAAACCAAAGACAGUGCAUUGGUUUGGCACCAUAGGGAUGCAGACCUGGGAUUCAGAUCUGCCCCUAGGCAAA